AUGGAGACUGUUAAACAGAUAAUAGAAGUGGAUGCCGGUAAAUCCAGAAAGAGACAGCUCAAACCAAGUUUUGUGUCUGAUAAAACUAAUAUAACAGUACAUGCUGGUGAAGAAGCUGUUUUACCAUGUUCUAUACACUAUGUCGGCACACGAGAGGUGUCGUGGAAGAGGAAAGGUGAAGAUUUUUUUCUAACAAUAGGAUUAUUGACGUGGGCUAGAGAAGAUGAGAUUAAAGUUGACCAUAAACAACAUGCAGGGGAAUUGAGUGAUUGGAAUUUAGUUAUUAAUCCAGUAAAAAUGGAGGAUGCAGGAAUUUAUGAAUGUUCAAUUAUUGCUAAAAGAAAACAAACACAUAGAAUUAAAUUAAAUGUAUUAAAAGCCAGAAAGAAACAAGAAGGUAUGACGUUAACAGGUAACAGAUUUAUCAAUUUGGGUGAAAAGGUUGUUUUAUUGUGUAAUGCUACAGGAGGACAUUUAAUACCAGAGGAAAUAGACUGGUUUAAAGACGGUGAUAUUAUUCAUACGGAACUUGAUAAAAGUGUCAGAAUAAACAAAAAGGUGGAUCUCAAAAGUAGAUCUUUAAUCAGUGAACUUAUAGUGGAAAGGAGUAAAGUUACCGAUUCUGGUACUUAUAUUUGUAGAAGUUCAAAUGAGGACAUCGAUAGUUUGGACGUUACCGUCUUAGUGGCCGAUUCAUCAAAUGUAAAACGGGGGACAGAUCCACUGGGUGGUGCACAAACUGAUCAUCAUUAUUCUAGUGGAUGUUUUAAACAAUCUGAAUCGUAUGUGUAUUUAACAACAUUACUGAUGUGUAUAUUAACUUAUCACAAUGUGAUACUCUGGCCUGAUGACGUGUGA